AUGCUUGGGUUUGAUGGAGCCUUGGACGCACCGAGAUCUGCACGGUUUGGUCAGGGCUCCGGUCGUAUUCUGCUCAAGUAUGUCAAUUGUGACGGAAAUGAAGACAACCUGGCUGACUGUGCUCAUCCAGGGAUUAGAGAUUAUACUUCAUGCGGUCAUACAAGGGAUGCAGGAGCCAUUUGCUACUCAGGAACCCAUCCAAAUCCAUUCCAAGUUCGUCUUGUUGGUGGGUCUAACGAUGCUGAAGGCAGGGUAGAGGUCAUGCACGAUGGAUCCUGGGGAACUAUCUGUGAUUCAUGGUGGGAUCUUAGAGACGCGAGGGUGGUUUGCAGAAUGCGGGGGUUUGAUGGAGCCUUGGACGCACCGGGAUCUGCUAGAUUUGGUCAGGGCUCCGGUCGUAUUCUGCUAAAGUAUGUCAAUUGUGACGGAAAUGAAGACAACCUAGCUGAUUGUGCUCAUGCAGGGAUUGAACGUUACCCAUGCAGUCAUACAAUGGAUGCAGGAGCCAUUUGUUAUUCAGGAGCCCAUCCAAAUCCAUUCCAAGUUCGUCUUGUUGGUGGGUCUAACAAUGCUGAAGGCAGGGUAGAGGUCAUGCACGAUGGAUCCUGGGGAACUAUCUGUGAUUCAUGGUGGGAUCUUAGAGACGCGAGGGUGGUUUGCAGAAUAGCAGGGUUUGAUGGAGCCUUGGACGCACCGGGAUCUGCUAGAUUUGGUCAGGGCUCCGGUCGUAUUCUGCUAAAAUAUGUCAAUUGUGACGGAAAUGAAGACAACCUAGCUGAUUGUGCUCAUGCAGGGAUUGAACGUUACCCAUGCAGUCAUACAAUGGAUGCAGGAGCCAUUUGUUAUUCAGGAGCCCAUCCAAAUCCAUUCCAAGUUCGUCUUGUUGGUGGGUCUAACGAUGCUGAAGGCAGGGUAGAGGUCAUGUACGAUGGAUCCUGGGGAACUAUCUGUGAUUCAUGGUGGGAUCUUAGAGACGCGAGGGUGGUUUGCAGAAUAGCAGGGUUUGAUGGAGCCUUGGACGCACCGAGAUCUGCACGGUUUGGUCAAGGCUCUGGUCGUGUUCUGCUAACUCAUGUCAGCUGUGACGGAACAGAAGACAACCUAGCAGACUGUGCUCAUGCAGAGAUUGGACGUUACACAUGUAGUCAUUCGAGGGAUGCAGGCGCUGUUUGUUAUUCGGGAGAGCCAUUUCAAGUUCGUCUUACCAAUGGAACCACCGAUUCAGAAGGCAGAGUGAAGGUUUUGUAUAAGGGAAGCUGGGGAACUAUAUGUGAUGAUAACUGGGAUCUAAGAGACGCAAGAGUAGUUUGUAAAAUGCUUGAAUUUGAUGGAGCUUUAGCCGCACCUGGUAGAGCUACGUUUGGUGCCGGAAGCGGUAAAAUCUUGUUAGAUGACGUUGGAUGCAGGGGCACAGAAGACGCCCUUGCUGAGUGCUACCACCAAGGGAUUGGAGUCAACAACUGUGAACAUGACAGUGACGCCGGUGUCAUUUGUUUUACAGGAGCCCCAUUUCUAGUUCAGCUCGUGAAUGGAGCUAACGACCUUGAAGGACGAGUAGAGGUCUUGUAUGAUGGUUUUUGGGGAACCGUUUGUGAUCAUGAGUGGGAUCUGAGAGAUGCUAGGGUCGUGUGUAAAAUGCUGGGGUUUGAUGGAGCCUUAGCCGCACCAGGCUCUGCUGCGUUUGGCCAAGGUUCAGGAGAUAUACUACUUGAUGGUAUAUCCUGUGAAAGUACACACGAUAACCUGGCAGACUGUUACCAUCGAGGGAUUGGCGUCUCCAAUUGCGAACACGAAGAGGAUUCUGGAGCCAUUUGUUUCAGAGGAGACCCAUUCAAGGUUCGUCUCACCGAUGGGGCGAAUGAUUCAGAGGGUCGAGUAGAGGUUAUGUACAAUGGAUCAUGGGGAACUGUCUGUGACAAUGGCUGGGAUCUGAACGAUGCGAGAGUUGUUUGCAGAAUGUUAGGGUUUGAUGGAGCUUUGGCAGCAACAGUUUCUGCACGGUUUGGUCAGGAUAAUGUCCGUCUGAUUGGAGGAGCUAAUGACGUUGAGGGUAGAGUAGAGAUUCUACACGAUGGCUCGUGGGGAACGAUCUGUGACGAUUCCUGGGAUCUCAAGGACGCCGAGGUUGUUUGCAGAAUGUUAGGCUUUGGUCGAGCUUUGGACGCUCCAUCUGAUGCUCGAUUUGGUAAAGGAUCUGGGAGUAUCUUUCUGGAUGAAGUUCAGUGCCGGGGGACAGAAAUUGACAUUGAACGUUGCGGUCAUGACGGCAUUGGUGUGCACAACUGCGCACAUAACGAAGAUGCCAGCGUUAUUUGCACUCCGAAAGAGAACGACGGUGCCUUGGACGCGCCACGAUCGGCUAGGUUUGGUCAGGGUUCUGGUAAUAUUCUUCGUGUCGAAUGUUACGGAACAGAAGAGAACUUGGCGGACUGUCCACGUAUAUGGACCACCUCUUCAUGUGGGCAUCGCUGGGAUGCGGGCGCCGUGUGUUACUCAGGAGCCCAUCCUCAGCCAUUUAAAGUUCGUCUUGUCAAUGGAUCUAACGAUGCUGAAGGUAGAGUAGAGGUCAUGUAUGAGGGAUCCUGGGGAACUAUCUGUGAUAAUGGCUGGUGGGAUCUGAGAGACGCGAGGGUGGUUUGUAGAAUGCUGGGGUUUGAUGGAGCAUUGGACGCACCGGGAUCUGCUAGGUUUGGUCAGAGCUCUGGUCGUAUUCUGCUAAUUUUUGUCGGGUGUGAGGGAACAGAAGAUAACCUUGCAGACUGUGCUCAUCCAGAGAUUGGAAAUUACUGUGGUCAUAGUCGCGAUGCCGGCGCCAUUUGUUAUUCAGAAGAAUCUACUAUUACUAUUGAAUUCGAGACUGCUGAUCCUUCUUUGUCAAGUUCCACCCGAGAAGAACUAUCAACGGAACUUGUGGUUUGCAAGAUGCUGUGGUUCGACGGUGCCCUGGCUGCGUCACGAUCAGCAAGGUUUGGUCAAGGUGCUGGUGAUGUUCUUCGUGUCGACUGCUGGGGAACAGAAGACAGGCUGACCGACUGUCCAUACUUUGGGGCCAGCAUUCCGUGCGGACAUCACAUGGACGCAUGUGCCGUAUGUUAUUUAGGAGCCCAUCCGAACCCAUUCCAAGUUCGGCUUGUCAAUGGAUCUGAGAGUGCUAAGGGCAGGGUAGAGGUCUUGCAAAACGGAUCAUGGGGAACUGUUUGUGGUGUUGGCUGGGAUCUGAGAGACGCGAGGGUGGUCUGCAGAAUGCUGGGGUUUGAUGGAGCCUUGGACGCACCGGGAUCUGCUAGGUUUGGUCAGGGCUCUGGUCGUAUUCUUCUAGAUAGGGUCAACUGUGAUGGAACAGAAGACAACCUUGCAGAAUGUGGUUAUUCCGGGAAUGCACGUUACUCAUGCAGUCAUACAAGUGAUGCAGGAGCCAUGUGUUACUCAGGAGACCCCUUUAAAGUUCGUCUUGUCGAUGGGUCUAACGAUGCUGAAGGCAGAGUAGAACUUAUGCACGAUGGAUCCUGGGGAACUAUCUGUGAUGACAGCUGGGAUCUGAGAGACGCGAGGGUGGUUUGUACAAUGCUGGGGUUCGAUGGAGCCUUGGACGCACCGGGAUCUGCUAGGUUUGGUCAGGGCUCUGGUCGUAUAAUUCUAGAUGUCGUCGGAUGUGACGGAACAGAAGUAAACGUAGCAGAAUGUAUUCAUCGAGGGAUUGGAGUACAUUACUGUGGACAUGAUGAAGAUGCGGGCGCUAUUUGUUACAAUAGAGCCCAUCCAAAUCCUUUCGAAAUAAGGCUCGUCGAUGGAUCCAGCAAAGCUGAAGGAAGAGUGGAGGUCUUCUACGAUGGAUCCUGGGGAACCAUCUGUGAAAAUGGCUGGGAUCUUAGAGACGCGAGGGUCGUCUGCAGAAUGCUGGGGUUUGAGGGAGCCUUGGACGCACCGACAUCUGCAAGGUUCGGUCAGGGAUCUGGGGAUAUAAUUCUCAAUCUUGUUGGUUGUGACGGAACGGAGGCAAAUCUUGCGGACUGUGCACAUCUUGGGUUAGGUGUCAAUUUCUGCGGACAUGAAGAGGAUGUUGGUGCCAUCUGUUACUCGGGAGCCCAUCCAAACUCUGUUGGAGUACGGCUCGUGGGUGGAUCCAACAGUUCUGAAGGCAGAGUGGAGAUCAGAUAUAACGGCACCUGGGGAACAGUUUGCGACGAUCGUUGGGAUUUGCGAGAUGCAAAGGUCGUAUGCAGAAUGCUAGGAUUCAGCAACGCCUCGACUGCCCCAGGUUCAGCCCAGUUUGGCGAGGGGUACGAAGAAAUUCUCCUGUCACAUGUCGGGUGCAAUGGAAUGGAAAACAAUCUUGCGGACUGCGCACAUCUAGGAUUUGGAGUGCACAACUGCCAACAUAACGAAGACGCUGGGGUCACGUGUCUCAUAGGAGCAACUGAUGAUGACGUGAAAGCAGAUCUGAAUCUCUCGCAAUACAUCGCAAAAGGAGAAGCACAUAAAUACAUGGACAUGAAUACCGUUUAUGAAACACCUGACAAUGAAAAAGACUUUGAUCUCGAUGGAUAUAUCCUUCCGACCAGGGAUGCAUUAUCGGAUGAUAGAGUGACAGCAACGGCUGAUCAAUUUCGUGACGAUAAAUCGAAUAAUCAUGAGUACAUCGACAUGAAAACUGUCUACCAAACGCCUUCAGCGGGGAAACAUGUGGACAUUGAUGGAUAUCUUCUCCCGUGA